AAUGAAGGUCAGCCGGACAUCUGUAAGCGAAAACCUUGCAAUAUGGUAAAACCAGUUUGUGGAUUAAAGAAAUGGUUCUUGAAAAGAAGAAGCCAGGGUUUGUCCUCUUCAAAUGUAGCUGCUAGAUCACAUGAUGAAGCAAGUGAAAUCAAUCCAAAGAAGUCUACCACAGCCUUGAAGGUAACUCUCCUUGGCAGUGAGUGGAGUUCGUCAAUGGGAGGCUUGUCCACCAUCAACAGACAGCUUGCCAUUCUGUUGGCCAAACACUCUGGAGUGGAUGUUACUCUCCUUGUCCCACAGUCUGCCUGUUCUGAAGAAGAGAAGAGGAUGGCAUCAAGUCACAAUGUUUCCAUCCUGGAAGCCAAGAAACUUGCAGGCUUCAGUGAUCCUCUUGAAUGGUUGAGUUUCCCACCAAGAGACCUUGUCAUUGACUUUGUGCUGGGUCAUGGUGCAAAGCUUGGUAAGCAAGCCCAAGUUAUCAGAAAGUAUCACAGUUGCAAGUGGAUUCAGGUAGUGCACACUGCACCCGAAGAACUAGGAAUGUACAAAGACUAUCCCAUGGCCAUUUGCAAAGGUGAAGAUAAGAGUACAACUGAGGUAGAGUUGUGUAAGUUGGCAGAUGCUGUGGUAGCAGUUGGACCAAAGUUGACGAAGGCCUACUCUUCUUACCUGCGCUCAUGCGAGAAGCACCAAGAUAUAAUUCAACUGACACCAAGCACGUUCAUUGAAUUUUCCGAAGUUAAACAAGCUGCUGUUGACAUGGACCACUUUAAGGUUCUAACGUUUGGCCGUGGUGACCCAGAGGACUUCAAAUUGAAGGGCUAUGAUAUCUCUGCCAGAGCAAUAGUUGAACUGAAAGACAGGUCCUACCAUCUGACUUUCGUGGGUGCACCUGCUGGUAAACAGGAUGAGGUUGCAAAGAAUUUACUCAAGAGUGGAAUUGAUAAAAAGCAGCUGACCGUGAAGAAAUUUGUGCUAGACAAAGAGAGAUUGAAAGAAUUGUUUUGUGAAGUAGAUCUCUGCAUCAUGCCCUCUAGAACAGAGGGGUUUGGCUUGACGGCUUUAGAAGCAUUGUCUGCUGGUCUUCCCGUUCUUGUCAGUGGCAACUCAGGAUUUGGUGAAGCACUGUGCACUCUGCCAUCAGGCAAAUCAUUCGUGGUGGAGUCUGAGGACCCUGAGGAGUGGGCAAAGGCAAUUGCUGGUGUCCGACAGAAGGAAAGAUCAGACCGACUUCAAGCUAUUAAACAGCUGAGGAGGUCAUAUCAAGAGAAGUUUAGCUGGGAGAAGCAGUGUGACAGUCUUGUGGAGAAGAUGUGGGACAUAGUUCAUGCUUCUAAAAGACAAGACACAAGUUUCAGAGCUCAGCAGGUCAAAUUUGUUGACACGUCAACUGAACAACUAACAGUGGAUUCAUUACUGACUCCAAGUGAGUAAAAGAAUUUAAUAACACAUGAUAAUUGACAUCCCCAAAGAAGUACAGACAGGUUACAAGGAGAUCCAGCAA